AUCAUCCCCUGAAACUGCCUGGUAUGGAGCCUUCCACUUUGAAAUCCUCUGCUGUAAAUGGGUGGAUAGAAAAACAGGUAACCUGAUUCGCGGUUUCGAACUGUAGGCGGCAGCGUUACGCAUUGGGUCGUCUGGUCUGCAAACAAGAGAAGAAGACGGAAGGGAGUAGAAGAACCGUUGUAUCCUGUACAAAGCAGCGGCAUAACGUUAGUGCCAUACUGUCUGGCAGCAUCUAGGUGCGUGUUUGUGAACUUAAUAUAACAAUAGUAGUAUUGUUGUUUUUUUUAAUGUUUUUAAAGUAGCGCGUUGGCGUUUGUAAAGCUCGAGUCCCCAGUUAGUAAACGCAGACUUGCUAGCUAGCGUUAGCCAAGUAACUAGCACCAACCGCUGGCACGUUUAUCGCCAUUUUGCGCAUUCAACAGCCGUAGACUUUUGCCUGCAGCAAGGUGGUGGAUUCUGCAGCAUGGCAGAGGCAGACCGACCAGGGAAGCUCUUCAUCGGUGGGCUGAACACCGAGACCACCGAGAAGGCCCUGGAGCAGUACUUCAGCAAAUACGGCAGGAUUGUCGAAGUUCUUUUGAUGAAGGACCGUGAAACAAACAAAUCAAGAGGCUUCGCUUUUGUUACUUUUGAAAGUCCUGCUGAUGCAAAGGAUGCAGCACGUGAGAUGAAUGGAAAGUCUCUUGAUGGCAAGCCUAUCAAAGUUGAGCAAGCUACAAAGCCUCAGUUUGAGAGUGCUGGCAGGCGGGGACCUCCACCCAUGCACUCCCGCAGUCGGGGUCCACCCAGAGGCCCCCGUGGUUCCAGGGGAGGUCCUGGUGGUAUGAGGGGCCCACCAUCCAGAGACUACUAUGAUAAUUCAGGGAAUGCAGAACCCUUCUUCAAAGGAAUGUCCUCCAGAGGCCCCCCUCCAUUGAAGAGAGGACCUCCAGUUCGCAAUGGAGGUCCUCCUUCCAAGAGGUCUGCCCCAUCUGGUCCAAUGAGCAGACGUAAGUCCCCCAUGUCAAGGGACAGGGAUCCCUAUGGUCCACCUCCUCCUCGCAGAGACUCCAUGAUGUCCAGGAGGGAUGAUUAUCCAUCACCAAGAGAUGAGCAUUACAACUCAAAGGAUAGCUACUCCAGCCGGGAUUAUAAUUCCAGAGAUUCGAGGGACUACGGACCUCCUCCUAGAGAUUAUUCGUACAGGGAAUACUCCAAUUCCAGUUCCCGAGAUGACUAUAGCUCAGUGUCAAGAGGAUACAGUGACCGUGAUGGUUAUGGGGGAGGCCGGGAACCCAGAAGCUAUAUGGACCGUCCAAGUGGUGGCUCCUACAGAGAUUCAUAUGAUGGUUACGGUAACUCUCGCAGCGCCCCACCUUCACGGGGCCCCCCACCAUCCUAUGGUGGGAGCAGUGGAAGCAGUCGUUAUGAUGACUAUGGCAGCAGUUCCCGGGAUGGCUAUGGCAGUCGUGACAGUUACCCCAGCAGUCGGAGUGACCCAUAUCCACCUAGCCGUGGUGAGCGAUUGGGCAGGCAGGAGAGGGGCCCAGCUCCCCCUGUUGAGAGAGGCUACCCUCCUCGUGAUUCAUACAGCAGCUCAAGUCGUGGAGGGCCACGCGGUGGCCGCGGUGGCAACCGACCCGAUAGAGGAAUGGCUCGCAGCAGAUACUGAACUGGACUUGGAGAUCACAUUAAAGCAUACGUUCUCGGUGCACAGUUAACAGUUGUUUUGGAAAUCUGACCACAAAGACAAACCAGCCAUGUCUAACUCUGUGGAAUAUGAAGCUUAGCUUUCAACUGUACCUUGACUUUCCCAGUUUUUUUAAUGUGUAAAAGUUAUUUGUUUAUUUUAUUUUUUUUUUAGUAUUUCCCUUGCUCAUGUAACAGUACAGUUACCAAGUGAGUGUUAGUUUUUGUAAAUUCAGUGCUGUUGGAAUCUGCAAUACCGUAAAAGUCUGGCUACUCUAAUAAAGCUUUUAGUUGUACCUUGACCACUGCUCAUCGAUUUUCAAGACCAGACCAGAGCCAGUAACAUGAAUGUUGAUUAACAACAUGAUCUCCUUUUUACAAAGUUUUCUGUAAAGCUUGGAUGAGUCUCUGCUCAUGCUUUAUAAAUAGUCGAGUGACUUCAUUCUUAACACCAAUGUGCCAUCAAGUGGACGCUACUGUUUUCAAGGGUUAGGCAAAUGUUACUGUCAAAAUGUUCCAAUGUAGUUUCCUUGGAAAUGGAUCAUCACCCUAGAGCCAUUUGAUGGCAUGCAACGAAAAACCAAGGCAACAACAACCAAAUGCAACUCGACUGGUAGUCAACAGCUGGAUGAACACCGCUCCAAGGCUACUGCCCUUGCAACUUACCUGAAUUGUGUCCUCAAGUUGUUGGACCAAUGAAACCAUAGUGCAGCCACGGUGCACCAGUGCAGAUGCUGGUGCAAGCUUCUGUUGAAAGUGCUGGUUGAAUCGUUUCAAGUGGAAAUGCGUGUUGAAAGUGGGAAGAACACAGGCCGAGGAUUUGCUCAAAUUAAAAUUUGGUGGGGUUUUUCAAUAAAGACUUUAAAAGUGA